AUGGACUUCAAGGAAACCCAAGACUUCAAUCCCGACAAUGGUAUGGAAUCUCAAGCUGAUGAUUUGUGGGGUGGUGAUGGUGAUGGUGUUCUGGGUGAGGAUGAAUGGACCGGCGUCCAGUCCGACGUCGAUUCAGAUGACUCAAGGCCCCCCACCCCUGGACAUGCUGGAGCUGUAUAAUGGACGCGCUGCGCUAGGGGAUAACAUAAGACAAUAUUUACCAACUGGCCACAAAAAGUCCCUGAUACAUUCUUACGAUUCACCGGUGGAUGUCAAUGAUAACGAUGAGUUGGCCCAGGCUGGAGAUUCUGAAGUCGAGCAUUUGGUAAAUGGCCAGGAGUAUGACGAUGAGUGGCUGCAAAUUGCAGAUGAGACGACAACGAUCAAGAAAAUAAACUCAAUACUGAUGUUACAGAAGAAGUAGAAAAAGACGAUUACGACAGCGAGAACGAGAACGAUGAAGAUUACAUUGAAGAUGAAUGGGGACUGAUUCAAGAUGACAAAGACGACGAUGACGACGAUGACGACAUCAGAAACGAUGUUCCACGCAUUCGUAAAUCUGCUCUGGCGCGGGCUGAAUCAACCGAGGACGAAUGGAGUCAAAUCCUGGAUGACGAGUAA